AGAGACUGGUGUGGUUUAAAUGAAAGUGUGUGGGUGUGUGAACUGUUUUGUGUUGCAAUGUUUUGUGACUGCAUCCUUCUGCCCACUCUCCCUGCUGUCAUAUUUAGUACAGAUGGUUAGGCCCCGUGGAACAGCCUGUCACUCCCAAUUUGCACCCUACUGCCUGACAGCCAGCCUGAUCCCUUCUGAAAGGCCGUCUCCAUACCACAUGGUCCCUGACAUUUCCUGAAAAGCCCUACAGACACCUUGCAGUGGACCAGAGGAAAGAAAUCAAGAACCUGGAGUCGACCCAGAGCAGGCUGGAGGCUUGGAGAGAAGCAGAGAGCUGGAGAGAGAGGGAGAGGGAUGGGGAGCUGUCGUGCAGGACAUGCAUCACUCAGCGCCUCAGAACUUGAUCUCACAACUCUGCUAGCAACAUAUCCACUUCCUCUGGACUGCUGCGCUAAUCACAUCCCUGGGAAACUGUCUAGUGCACAGACCAGCACAGAUCUCGUCCAGGUGUAGUGAAGAUGACGACAGACAGCAGUAACAGACACACAUUAUGCAGACAGUCCUGUAGAUUUACUAUUCUAUUCUAAAUAGUCAUAGAUUAUCUCUAGCAUAGAAGGUAUGAGGGCUAAACUGAUAAAGGCACUAGCCGAAAUGUUUGCUUUACUUUUUUAGUUUUACAUUCAAAUUGUUUUGCAACUAUGGAGGAAACAUAUUGAGAUGUAAUUCAAACUGGAUUUCAAUCCUAACGCCUUGGUGUAAGUGGCUCAUUUGUUUUGCUAAGACUGCUAUGAUCCACUUUUGAGUUUCUUUCGAUUUGCUGGCCAUACCCUGCUGUGCCCUAGAGCAGUGGUUUUCAGCAUGUGGUACGGGACAGGCUUGCAAUUUGUAUGCUCCAGAAGUUGUGUUAAUGACAAUGUGGUUCCUCACGACGACACACAACUAUAGUGUAUCAAUAUGUUUGUACCACUGAACCACCGACAAAGAAAAGGACUUGGAGCAAGUUUGAGAAAUUACGACAAGAGAUAUUUAUGAACUUUGAAGUUACUGAUGGGGAACCAAAGCAGUAGCUCUGUGUUUUUUAGUGAAGUCUUAUCAAAUAAUUAAUUUUUGUUCAUGACCCAAAUGGAGGCACUUCUGUUAAGAGAAUUUAAUUUGAUUAAAGCAUUUGACAAAUGCUUCAGAAGUAAAGACACAUGGCAAAAAUAUUUCUGCUACCAAUAUUAAUGGUGGUUUAUGACAAGGUGUUGUAUUGCUUCCGUUCAAGGUACCAACCUCCAUGACCGAUGCUGCAGAAGAGCAAAAAGACAGCCAAGGGAUGGACGGCCAGCUCCCUGUACACACCCGAGACGCGAGGUCCUACAAGUUAAGUACAAGUGGCCGAGUCAGAAGACCAAACCAGAGUAGUGAGGGCUGAGAUCGUGGCGUGCAUGGUGAAUGCUGUUUGUUUUUCCAUGCAGGAUCCUGCGUCGUGGUGCUGGAGAGGGGGCAACCGAGCCGGAAGGGAGCUGAAUACAAGCCUUAAACCGGGACAAACCAACGGAUUAGGAGGUUCUUGGAUCGGUCACAUUCAACUUUACCUUUUCUUGUUGGCGUUUUGACGAGAGGAACACCUGGCUCCAAUUGAGUUAAUGAGGCCCUGCAUAAAAGGGUUGGAAACCCUGCAGUCAGGGCUGUGUGCCAGGCUGUGAAGCUACAUGUGCUGGGGAGACCUCUGUGAGUCCAAAAGAAAGCAUCUCUGGAUUUCACCACAUUAACAGCAGAAAAAAAACGAAUUCCCUAAUGAGAAUUAACCUAUUCCAUUAUCCUACAUAACCCACCUUAUCUACCAUGAAUGAUACUACCUGUAUAGAACACUAGACUGAAACAGUGACUUCCAGAGCCUGUCAGACUUGUCAUCUCAGGAGGGCGUUCCCUCUUCUGUUAGUCUGGAUUCCAGCACAUGGAAACCCUUGACUGCAUCCUGUUUUAGUGCUGAACAUUACAGUUUGUCUCGCACAGUUUACACUCACAGCCAUGCCGAAAGAAGAUCUCAGCUGCAAGAUCAGCUCGGUUUACAAGCAUAAGGAGCGCAAGCCCAAGAAGCCCCAUUACAUCCCUCGGCCAUGGGGCAAGCCAUACAACUACAAGUGUUUCCAGUGCCCCUUCACCUGCAUGGAGAAAUCCCACCUCUACAACCACAUGAAGUACAGUCUGUGCAAGAAUUCACUCUCCCUGCUCAUCGAGUCUGACUGGCCCUACAAGAAGGGUAACAUCCUGCACCCUGACCAACUCCGCCCACUCCCUCCUGGGACCUGCCUGAGGGGGAGAGAUGAGGCAGAGCCUGCCCAUGGCAAUGAUGCACCAACCAGGGAAGUCCUGCAGGACGACCACCUCAUGGGAGAGAGGGAGGAGCCUGAUGAGGGGGGAAGGCAUAAAGAAGAGGAGGCUCCACCUUCCAAAGUGGACCAGAAGAAGCCUCACAGUAACAGCAGCAGCAACAACAAAAGGGGCAAGCAAGCAGAGGCAGAUUUUGUGAUCACGGAUGUCUUCUCCUUGGAGGAUCAGCUCCUCAAUGCCAGGGAAGUGGAGGCCAAACUGAAGCACUACAAGCUCUCCAAGAACAGUCUAAGUGGCCCCAGCCUACUCUCAGAGCAGUGGCAUCUUCUGGCCACCGGCCACCGGAAGAGCAACACUGAGGGUUCACUACCAUGUCCUGAAGGGGGAUCCAUACCUUCCUACCCUCCGCCCCCAGCCUUCACAGACUGCCAGGACCUUUCCGGACUUAAUCUGUCAGUCCUGGGGGUCAGCUACCCUCUGAGCCCAGGCUUGUUCUCCUACAUGAACCCUGCAGUAGCCGGUGCUCAUGCCCAACUUGCCCAGCUGCCCUUCUUGGCAUCGGCUGCCCAGCUAAUGCAAACUCCCUCUGCCGCCCUCCAGCAAGUAGAUCGGGCCAUCCUGCCACCCCGCUUCUACUACCCUCUUCUCUGUGAACACGCUUUUGGUUCUGCUCAGGACGCUGGAAAGGGGGCUAAACUGGGUCAAUUCUCCCCAGUCAGUAUGGAACCCAACCACCCCCCUAGCUUCCCACCCAAAAUCAGCCUCUGGAAAGUCCCAGCUCUGUGUCCCACCACUGCCACUGCCACUGGCUCCCCUCCCCCAGCAGUGUGGUCUGCCCACCAUCAGGCUGCGUUUGCCUCAGAGGCUGGCUACAGAACAGUAGAGGAGAAGCUCCAAGCACCCAUCAAGGAGGGCAAAACGGGAGGGUGGAGCCACAAGGCUGCAGUGGAAGUGACUUCACUGAGAGAGAAAGGGAGCAAGCGCACAAGUGAGCCCCUGGAGAGUGAGGAAGCCCCCCCAGAGAAGAAGCCUCACUUGGGGUGCCCGCUGGACCUCCUGAAGAACCUCCGGAGCAACCCAAAAUUUUCCACUGCUGCAGACCAACUCUUCCACAGCAGUUUUCGAACAGCUCUCCACAAGUCCAUGCCUCCAGAAGAGUGGUACUCGGACCUUAGAAAGUACCAUUCUGAGAGCCAGGAGAAAGCAGCUCUCCCUCCCAGACCUCUGUCCCCCUUGAAGCCUGGCAAGGCACUGGAGAAUGGAGCAGGUAGGCAGGAUGAACUGGACGAGUCAGUGGUCCUACUGGGGGACCUCUCAAAAGCACUGCAGGAGUACCAGGAGGCAGAGAGGAAGAUUGCUAAUCUGGUACAAGAUAAUGUCCUGGGACAAUGCUACCUGAGAGAGCAUCUCUGCAAGAUCCGCAGUGAGUUGUCACACAUCCACCAGGCACUUGAGAAGACAACCAGGCAGCCAGAAGGACCCCUGGAUCUCUCUGUCAAGAAGACUGUGGAACCAGCAGGGGCCGACAAAGAUCAAGGGUCUCAGGGCAAAGGAUGUCUUCCAGAGGAGGAAGAAGAAGAAGAGAAAGCAGUAGAGAGUGAGUCAGAGGGGCUACUGCAGGAGUCUCGGAGUCAGUCUCUUGAACUGCUGAUCAAAAUGAGCCGUGCCUCUGAGCUGAGCCUGGGAGCUGUGGUGAAGACAGAGGUGGUCUUGCCCAGCGAGCUACGCCCACCCCCUGCCGAGGCACUGUGGCCCAGCCGAACUACGAAAUGCGAGGCGGACUCCAGCGUGCUGCUGUGUCCUGAUGGUCACUCCACCUCCCUGGUCUUGACAGAGUUCACCCCCUGCUCCAAGAGCAUGAAGCGACCCUCUUCCAGAGAUCUUUCAGGGGACACUCUUUGCCCUCACAGCCCCCUUAGCGCUGACCCCUAGGAGCUCCCUGACCAGCUGACACUGGCGCUAUCGCUUGUGACAUUCCAGAGGAGAGCACCAGACAACUGGCCUGUCUCCAAUGUAAUUUACUGCCAAUGAAACAACACUGGAAACUAGCCAUUUCCUAUAAUCAACCUCUGGCUCAUACAGUAUAGGACUUAUCAUAGCAGUGCCAGGAGAAGCAGAGCUGGACAAGUCUGCUGAGACUUUGAGAUUGUAUAUUGAGAGAAACCAUAGCAGUUAAAUCAUUUCUGUGAACUGACAGAAUAGUAGCCAGUGGCAGGGCGAUGGGCCCUGCGGAUUUAAAAUGUUUGUUUGUUUAUUUUAGAACAGGGUACCCCCCUCCCUCCCCUGUGUACUGAGUAUUUAACUAGCUGACAGUCAGGCAUCCUUAUUAAACCCUUGCAAAAUGUGACAGAGGGAUGAUAGCUGGUUAAUCCCUCGGUCACAGAUAUAAAAGACCUGCAGUGCAGCUGAUCACUCACGCAUCCUCACGAGGUAUUUAAAAACAAAACAAAACAAUAACAAAUAAUGAAGGACACUUUCGUCCUAUAUAAAAAUACAGAAAUAAUAACACAAAUAAAAACUAUACACAGGGGCCGGGGGUACCCCGUUCUAAAAUAAACAAACAAACAUUUUAAAUCAACAGGCCAUGUAGCCAUAAAGCUUCUCAUGGUCCCCAAACAGCUCUCAGAGGUCAUGCUGAUAGACAUACAAUAUCCAGGCUAUCCCUAAACAUGAUAUGCCAGGAGGCUUGUGCAUCAAGGAGGUCCAUGUUAUCCCUAUGCUCAAAGGCACAGACUUUACAGGGGUUCUGGUAGUUUAAGCACAUGCAGGAUGUCUAACUAAGGAGGUAUGAAAGCCAUAUAGGAGCCACGUUGACAAAGAUGGAAACCCAUUGCUUGAACCAUAAAUGACUCCUGCCCAGUAUUUUAGUGUUCCAAUAUUUUAGAACUGGGUUUCUAUGUCCAGACCAGAAUGAUUGAACAUUAUUGGUGUGCCGAGCUAGGAAUUCCAGAGAUCCUGAAUCUUGAUUAAGGGCAUUGAGAGCCUUUCAUCACAAGAGCGGACAUUUACAAGGGCACUCUCACUGAGCUGAAUCCGUAUGUGCAACUGCUGUAUGGUCAUAUGUUUUAUAUUAUUUAAUAUUUCAUUAAUUAUUUAAUUUAAUUAUUUCACACUUCAGCUUUAAGAUACUUGACCCCAUUGUGUAUCGGUUCAAGAGUAAUAAGAGGAAAGAAACAGCAUCCCUGUGAGAAUGUUUAGAGAUUCAUAGACAGCACAGGAGAAGGAUGCCCUCUGUGUCUGUCUGUCUGUUUGUCCCCCAGACAGAAAAGGGUUUAGUGCCUGUGAGGGGUGAGGGGUUGAUAGCACUGGUGUUUUCAUUCUCAUUCCAGGAGAGUUGUAUAAACGGCUAUGUACAUUUUUAUUUUCCUAGCAGUGCAGACCCUGUAUUUCCUAUUUGAACAGAACUGUUUAUGCCAAUUGGUUUCAUUUAUCUUCCAGCAGAUUAAAUAAAUACAUCUAUAAAAAUGGUGGGGUUUUUUUUUGGUACAUCUUAUUGAAGAAUUGAAUAAUAUUUUUAGAUUAAGAUUUACUUUUCUUACAGUAAAAACGUUUUGUCAGGUCUCACGGGCGAUGUUUGAACAAUAGAACUGAAAGAUCGCAGUUAUAAUGUUUAUUUACAGUAAAUGCCAACAAUAAUAGAUGCAGACAUUAGUACCAAAGUUUACACUCAUUUAUUCCAUCAACCUGUUUAUGGAAAUUACAGUAGCACUGAUAGAGGGAAUAGCUAAAACACGUAUCUACUUGACUUUGUUUUUUCAUUUGAGAUCAGUUAUAAAAGAGGUCAGGCAGACUAAGCAUGAUUCACAAGUACAGGGAGCUGUUGUAGCAUACAAACACACUUUUAUUAUGACAAACAAAAACAGGAACAACCUCAAGCAGACUGGAAAGCAGAUUAAUAUGUAUUAAUCCCCUGAUCAAUUUAACCCCCCACUUUUUACACACAGACGUGGCCAGCAUUCACAAUUACAGAUUCCUCUCUGUAUGUAAUGCGCUGG